CGUGCGUAUAAUAUAUUUUAUAAGGAGAUCCUCUCUUCAUGAAAAAGGACGCGGCAAAAUUGGGCUGAUUUUGUGAUUUAUUUCAGGAUUUUAUUUGGAUUAUGAAUUAAUUCGAGAAAAAAUGGAUUUUACUGAAAAUGGAAUUAAAGUUGGAGAAAUUUUAAUUAAAACGAUUAAAUAUUAAAGUCUCGUUCUUGUUGUCUUAAGAUAGUAAAGUUAAACCCGCAGCGUGGAAAUACUUGUAACAGUGCGUGUGAGAGCAGCGUUUCUCGGAGUUUAAGAGGUCAUUAUUCGUAAGCAUGACAUACAGAGAAAAUAUUCCUGCAAACUUCAGCGGAAUGGAUUUUAAAGACAUUUGAUACAGCGCUGAGUAUUUUUUUAUAACUUGGAUAUGUAAACAAGAGAUUGCUUAGAAGCUAGUACCGUGAUAACAGUGUGGAAAUAUAGAGCAAGUUCCGGAAUGGAUUUAGUCGUGUUAAUUCUGUGUUUUACCGGAGUAUUCGUGGAUGGACUGCUUGCUGCUGAAAAUAUACCUAACUUUGAGACCAUAGUGUUUGGUUUGGAGCCUAGCUUUGAUGUUCCUGUGAUCAAUGUUACUGUCCAGGAAGGUGAUGUUGCCGUCCUGCCGUGCUCUGUAGACUACCUCGGUGAACAUAAGGUUGUAUGGACAGAUCAGUGGUCAACAUUAUUGACAUUAGAUGAUAGGCGUAUCAUAGAUGAUCCAAGAAUCAGUAUAGAGAGGCCUUAUACCAAGGACUGGAACCUCCAUGUCAGAAAGUCAGCUUAUAGUGACCGGGGACAAUACACAUGCCAGAUCAACACUAACCCUGUCAAGACAAAAACCGUCAUGUUAAUUGUAUUAGUUCCGUCCAAAAUUAUAAACGAGUUAUCAAGUCGUGACCAGACAGUACGGGAAGGAGAAACUGUUACUCUCGUCUGCAAUGUCACUGGCGUUCCUACACCGGAUGUCACGUGGUACAAAUUACCAAAUGAAGGCACACAGACUAAAGAAAGACUAGAUCUGGACCCAGGUUCAUAUACACUGAUCGAUUCCUGUGCCUACACUCUUCAGCAAACAGAAUACCUAUUUGAAGAUAGCAGGGAGGUUCCAAAUGUGAUAAAUUACAUUUUGGAUGGGAUUGGUACCACGGGAGAGGUGUUGAUAAUUCAUAAUGUGUCCAGAUAUUGCGAUGGCACAUAUGAAUGUGUGGCGUAUAAUAAUGUUGAUCCGGCUGUUACUAGACAAAUUAAGGUGUUUGUAGAAUUUGCACCAGAGGUCACUUUACCAACAAAACGGAUCGGUCAGUUUCCGGGAAGGGAGACAAUUUUAGACUGUGAAAUAACGGCCUAUCCACAUGCUGUCAUGUACUGGAAGAAAGGGGAAAGUGAUGUUGACUUUUUCAACAAAGACAAAUAUCAGGUUGAACUUUACAGCGGUAAUGAAGAAAGUACACGUAAAACCCUUAGUUUGAGGGUUAGAGAUAUACAGCAAGAAGAUUAUGGCGAAUAUACGUGUUAUGCUGAAAAUAUGAUUGGAAAUGAUAAAGAAUCAAUGCUGUUAUAUGAUUAUUCUAUCCAUACGAAAGCAAAGUCAACAACAAAGAGACCAAACCUCAUAGAACCAACACCAAAAGUUAUAUCAAACAUUCCAGUAUCAGGAGGUGGCAGAACAAAAACAGGAAAUCCAACAUGGACAGAGCGACCUGAUUGGUCAAACAAAAUGGGGAACAACAACAAACCUUACAUUCCUGGUAAUGAUGAUUCUGCCUAUGAAACUGAAGUAGAAAAGCGCACGGGAUAUCGAGCUAGCAAAUGCUCCGGCACAUUUCUUACACUCUGUAAGGGCAGUACGGCAUUAGGAAGCACCAGUAAUGCUGCACAUAGUCACAUGACAUUAACUUCAGUAUUAUACGCUUUGAGCCUUAUAAUUUCAACUCUAGUGCUAGUUCCAUGUUUAUAGCUUCAAGUAAUACCAGUGCUUGUUAUGUGACGAGAGAGACAAAAACCGUAUGAAGCAGUUUGCUCAAAGUAUUAAAGCAGUUACACUACGGAGUAUAAUUGUUACGUAUAGACUUCAAGCUGAAGUUUAACCUAUGACCCUACCAGGCAUUGACAUCGUAAAUUGUGAUGCGGCUAUGGGUGAAUACUUAAUGAGGAUUAUGGUGAUUAAUCUCGAAAAACAAACUGAAAUUAAGGAUGCGACAGUUGGGAUUAGAUAUCAUAUACAAACAAAUCCAAAGAUAGCAGUUAGAAGACUUUCGCCUAUAGCUGAAAGCGGCUACACGUCUUGGACAACGACGUGACUACUGAUAUGUGUGUGCUAAUGUUAUGAUAAAUGAUGUAUAUUUUGUUUUUCAACCAUCAAAUAAAGCGAAACAUAGCAGAACAUCUUGUUCUGUUUUGUGGCUCAUUUCUUAGAAUCUGUCAACAACUUGUAAUGACUAAACACCAAAAUAAAUUUUAUUGAUUAUCGUUUUAGUUGCUAUGUAUACACAAAUACUUUAUUCCAUAUUUCAAGUAUAUUCACGGGAACAUUGCUCGAUUUUUCACGUAUGAUUAAAAACUGAAGUAAUAUCGAGUAUUGAAGAAAACGUGUGUUAUUUUGUGUUUCAUAAUUCAUUGUUUACAUGUAAUUCUUGUGCUUUACAUCCGUAUGAGUGUAGUGGCUUCGUAAGUGAUGGAACUGUGGUGCUGACUCUUUCGCUUUAAAUAUCAAUCAUCAAUCAGAAAAUAUGAUAAGAUGCUUUGAUAGGAUUUAUAUUUACAUUGAUAGCAAUAGCUACAUGCACAUAAUUCAUGUAAAAUUUAUAUCUUUGUUAAUUUAUGCAGCAUUACUCUUAAAAAUAGUUUUUUUUUUGUCAUAGGGAAUAAGAGCAUACAUUUUUUCUAUAGAUCUAGAUCAAAGUGUAUUUCCAGUAGCGUUCCUUUUGGAUAUGUAAUAUGUGGUGUCAUGCUUAUAUUAGCAUAUUUAGAGUUAGGGAACACUCCAAAAUCAGAAUUACUAUUCUGUGUAUAAAUGAAGGCGUUUAAUGCUUGUCCUUCAAUUUCAUCAUUACUCACCUAACCGAUACUGUUAUGUUAUUUUUCUUAACUUCUAUUAUUGAAGUAAAAUUAUUUUUCUUAUUCUUUUUAAAUAAGGGCGUUUAAUGCCUGUCCUAUGGUUUGUUCAUUGUUUUCGUAACCAAUACCGUUAUUUUAUUUUUUUAUUUUGUUAUAAAAUGGCUAAGAAAAGCUGCAUUUCUUAGUGUUGUGUCUCAUGUUAUUUACUUUGAAAUGGGAAAAUAUUUUACGUUUAAUCUUUUAUAAACAUUGCUUGGGGAAACAGUAACUCUUUUCUGUAUUAUUUAUUCAUUUACUUAUGAAAUUACUCAUGUAUAUGGCUAGAGAAUAUGCUGCCUUUUUCAUUGCUUUUACAGUCUAAUUUUAACAUAUAUCAGGUCGAAAUAUAACUUGGGGUGUAAAUUUAUGUUCUUACUUUACAAGUUUUUCAGAUAUUUUAUUCUUUAUUUUUGUGAGUUCAUUGUUGUGUUCAAACUGUCAAGCUAGGGCAAAUUUAGAAACUUAGAAUGUUCAUAUGGCUACUGAAUAUGUUAUUUGUUUGCACAACAUGUAUGAUCAACUAAUCAUUUAGCAAGAUAAGUAAUUGUAUUUAAUCUUUUACGUCAAAAACGUUUUCAUGUUGGCAUGUUUUGUUAUUUUAUCUACCCUUAUGUUUAAUUACUUUCCCUAAAUAUAUCAAUCAUCUUUUCAUGAAGAGUCAUGUCUAAACUUGUGUUAAUUUUAUCAAAUCCUUUCUGUAGUAAUCAGCAUAAUAGUGAAUACUAACAUGAUUACUCCGAGUUCCGUAAACAUUUACAUGAUGUAUUUAAUUUUUGCAGAUAGCUGCUUAAACACUUUUCAGGACAGAAACUGAGUUUAGAUAAGUUUAAAAACAUGUUAAGCACGUGCAUAUAAAUACGUUUAACUUAGUACGUUAUAAGUUUAUGUAUGCCUUUAAAUCAGCUUAUAAUUUAUUUUUUAAUGUCCAAAUGUAAGGAUUUCGUGCAGUACUGUUAAUGAUGAAAUGUUUAGUUCUGCUAAACUCGGAGGUAGAGGUCAUGGACGGUAGCAUGCAUUUCACUACCGUCCAAAAACAGGCUCAAUGAAACCAAGUCGUUUUGACCUGUGGAGCCUCCACUUUCUCUAUUCUAUAAUAGCUUUACGAAAGUAAAACCUAUUCGCUGUUGACUUUAUGGUUUGCAGUAAGCACCACUAUAUAAAAAUACAUUCUUUAAAACAUGUCGAAAGCAGGAAAAAUAUGUUUUUAUAUGGCAAGUUCUCCUGCUGUUGUUAAGUUAUUGUCAUUAAGGUAGUUCUGCAUGAUUGUUACAGCGGUGUUCAUUAUCUAGGUAACUGGGAUUGACCUAUUCAAACGUUGAAUGUUCCACAAUUAACUAGCAAUCUUUGUUGUUCAAUGAAUAAAACUGACAACGUGACUAACUUUCUAAAAAUUGAAUUCCCAAUGUUCGCACGUAGAAUAAAUAAAAAUAACAUAAUUAAGUCAGCAAUGCUGUUGAGGUUGUCUUAAACCGUGGUCACUAUCACAAAAUGUAAUACUUUGACUUUUACACUUCAUUUCACCUCAUGAAAAGACGUAUAUUUACAACUAAGAUGAGUGUAUGAAAAAUUACAUUUAAGAUUUUUUUGUGAAUGUGUCUUUCAAAUUGUCAUUUUCCAUCAAUUUCAAUUGUACAAACUUGCUUCAGGGUAAUAUUUAUCAAGUCAGUCUAUCAGAGAAUUAUGUACUACCCUAGAUUUUUUAUGUUCUGAAAGUUUCAGAAUCAUAACAACUCCUUGAAGGAUUCGGAUUUCGGGGUGAAUCAAAUUCUGAACUAAAAAAAUGUCUGAUCCAAAUAUGCAGAACUGCCUUAACUGUUUUAGCGUGAAAUAUUUUGUUAGAUAUAUUUUUACUGUAUAAUGAUUAAUGACGAUACGAGAUGACCUCAUGUUUUAUUAUUAUUGUACUAAAAUUGACCAAAGUAAGGAACUGUUAAAUAUUCAUUUGUCAGUCUUAUUUUUGAAGUUUUCAUAUUUAUGCAAACAGCAUUUCAGUUAUUAAAGAUAAAUGAAGAA